AUGGUGGACUACAUUUGCCCGAGGUGUGAGUCUGGUUUUAUUGAAGAACUUCCUGAGGAGCCAAGGAAUGCUGACAAUGGGUCCAGCUCUUCCACAGCAACCAGCGAUCAGAGCAGGCAUCCGUUCGAGAAUGUGGAUCAGCACUUAUUCACCUUGCCACAGGGGUAUGGCCAAUUUGCCUUUGGGAUUUUCGAUGACAGCUUUGAGUUCCCUGCUUUUGGGUCCAAUGUGCAAUCUGAAGACAACAGGGAUACGGAGAACCGUCGGGAGAGGGAGCACCAAUCUCGGCACCGAUAUGGGGCCCGGCAGCCCCGAGCCCGUCUCACCGCACGGCGUGCCGCUGGCAGGCAUGAAGGAGUUCCCACGCUAGAAGGAAUUAUACAGCAGUUGGUGAAUGGAAUUAUUGCACCUACUACCAUACCGAACCUAGGAAUAGGUCCUUGGGGAGUCUUGCAUUCAAAUCCAAUGGACUAUGCCUGGGGUGCCAACGGCUUGGACGCAAUUAUUACACAGUUACUAAAUCAGUUUGAAAAUACCGGACCGCCUCCAGCAGACAAGGAGAAGAUCCAGGCCCUCCCCACCACUCAGAUAACACAGGAACACGUAGAUUCUGGGUUGGAGUGUCCUGUAUGUAAAGAAGACUACACAGUGGGCGAAAAUGUCCGGCAGUUACCUUGCAAUCAUCUAUUCCACAACGGCUGCAUAGUCCCCUGGCUGGAACAGCACGACACAUGCCCAGUGUGCCGGAAAAGUUUAAGUGGACAAAACACUGCCACAAACCCCCCAGGACUCACAGGGAUGAACUUCUCCUCGUCCUCCUCCUCCUCUUCCUCCAGUUCACCAAGUAAUGAGAACUCAUCAAACAACUCUUGAAUUGUAAACCAGCCCUCUCCCCAUUCACCCCUACCCUGGCCCUGUGCGCUUUCCAGUGCCCUUCCUCCCUCCCUAGCCAACACAAGCAACUACGGGCCUCCAGAGCAGAGUGAGGGUGGGGUCAGGGGUGCGAGGGGAGGAAGCAGAAACCCCCCAAAUCCCCCCUUCUGAGUUCUGAAGAUGUCAGAGGCCUCUGGUUCUUCCGAGAUGAGAAGUCUCAAGUUCUGCAGUGUGGGGUGGGGGCAAGCACUCUCUGGCUGGGAGUUCAUUUGGUCGCUGCGUGGACUCUUUAACGUUGCAGUGAAAAGGCCGCCCGGGGUCCUCGAAUGGAAACCUGAGGUGCUGAGAUUCCGGAUGGGAAGGCUGUUUGUAUGGUUGUGAAUUUGAGAUUCCUUUUUCUCCAUAUCUCUUUUUUUUCCCCCCCCCCCCGCCUCCCCUUCUGCUUUGGAAUUUUUAAACCUUUGAAAUGAAAGUGUAAUACUCUGGUUUGCUCCCAGGAUUUCCAGGCAGGGAGGGCUAGUGGGCGUUAGCUAGUUGCCACCACAAAAUGUGAAGUCCUGAAAUAGGCCCGACUCUUCCUCCCUUUCCCUGCCUCUGAUCCUUCAUUUUUCUCUUGAUAACCUCACCCUUCUGAUAUUCGACACUGAAAGGGUUUUUAUAAUUUUAAAUUAUUACUGCUGUUAAAUAAAUGGACGUUUCAGCUCACUGAGAAG